AUGAAGGAGUUGCGUCCGAUCUCUCUCUGUACUGUUAGGUAUCGUAUUAUGGACACGAUGAUUGCAACCAGAAUGAAACCUAUUAUGGCUCAUAUUGUCUCCGAGAAUCAGUGUGCCUUUGUUCCAGGAAGACUGAUUACCGACAAUGUCAUGAUUGCAUCUGAAAUAUUCUCUUACCUCCACCGACGCCGUCGUGGCCGGAUGGGUUACGCGACAAUCAAGCUCGAUAUGUCAAAUGCUUAUGACCGUGUCGAGUGGGAUUAUCUCCAACGUGUCAUGGAAGCUCUUGGAUUUGCAGACCAAUGGAUUGCGCUAAUAAUGAAGUGCAUCUCGACAGUCUCGUAUCAGGUAAUUCUAAAUGGUCAGCUUCUUGAGCCCAUUGUGCCAUUAAGGGGCCUCCGACAGGGAUGCCCUUUAUCACCAUAUCUUUUUCUCCUUGUCACAGAGGGCCUCACUGCACUCAUUCAUAGGGAGGAGAACGAGGGAAGAUGGAGUGGAUGUCGUAUUGUUCCAGCUUGUCCAUCGAUUACUCACACUCUUUUUGCUGAUGAUUGCCUCCUUUUCAUGAAAAUAACAAAUAGAUCUACAGAAUAUACAAGGGAUACUCUGGCUCAAUAUGAACAGGAAUCAGGUCAACAUAUCAAUAUUCAAAAAUCCUCAGCGUUCUUUAGUCCAAACACAACAUUACAAGCCCGGCAGAAGGCAGGGAAGGAAAUUCUUAUCAAGUUAGUAGCACAAGCAAUUCCGAAUUACAUCAUGCAGGUUUACCGGCUACCUAAUGGUAUUCUUGCAGAGAUUGAAGCUAUGUUGGGCAGAUUUUGGUGGGGAUCACAAAAUGGCAAGAGCCGCGGUAUACAUUGGAGCUGCUGGGACUCUCUCAGUUUUAGUAAAGGAAACGGAGGCCUUGGGUUUCGACGUCUAUCCCCAAUGAAUUUAGCGCUUCUAGCCAAAACUGGAUGGCGUCUAAUGAUCAACCCAACUUCAUUACUUGCCAGGGUGUUGAAAGCUAAAUUACAUCCAGAAACCAUAGAGCAUGUGCUGUUGGAAUGUAGUUUUGCCCGGAGUAUUUGGCAGAGACAGAGGGCUCAUUAUACAGCUUACAUAGGUAUGGAAUUCAAAGAAUGGCUUGUGCAACUAUUUCGUUCGAAGUUAUCGGAGGAGAUAUGCAAAAGCCUUAUUACGACUUGGGCCAUUUGGACACACCGUAAUGAGAUGGUGUGGCAGGGUUGCUCACCGUCAACUAUGCGUGUUGGUGUUCUGUGUGCACAAAUGAAUGCUCAAACAUUGUUGCUGCACACUCCCGCUAAUUACUUCGCUACUUCCAAUCACGCUGUCCACACAUGGCAACGGCCCCCUUGCGGAGAGUAUACACUUAAUUGUGAUGCAACAUUGUGUAUCAGCCGGAAAUGUACCGGUCUCGGUUGGGCUCUUCGCGAUCAUUAUGGUAACUUGAUGGGAUUGGGGACUUCAGUAAUACCGGGACUGCUAAGUAUCUCCUUGGCAGAGGCAAUGUGUGUGAGUGAGGCACUCCUUUGGCUGAGGAAGGGAUCCAUCUCAGGGGGAGUCAGAGUUGAGACUGAUGCGUUGCUGGUAGCCCAAGCUAUUCAAUCCCCUGCAGCUGACUUCUCGUACCUUGGUUUUGUUGCUGGUGAUUGCCGUUUUCUGUUGACAACAACUAAGCAAGUGACAUCGGUAUUCAACUUCAGCUGCCUUGAUGAGGGAGGGGGAAGGGAACCAGAUAGUGGUCGGUUGAACCAAAGAUUGAGACUGUGGAUCGUUUGCUCAAUAGUUGGCUAUUUUGCCAUUGUUGCUAAAAAGAUAUGA